AUGCCGAAGAACAUGGGUAAGGGCGGUAAGUCCUUCAAGGCUGGUAACUCGAAGGGCAACAUGCAGAACCAGAAGCGUGACCUCACCUACGCCAACCCCGACGAGGGCGAGGAGUACGCGCAGGUAAAGAAGGCACUCGGCAACCUCCGUCUCGAGCUCCAGCUCGCCGGCGGCUCCACCGUCAUCGGCGCCAUCCGCGGCGCGAUGGUGCGCAAGGUGUGGAUCGGCCAGGGCGACGUAGUGCUCGUGGCGAAGCGCGAAUUUAAUGAGAACGACGUAGUCGACAUUAUUCACCGCUUCACCCCGGCCGAGGUCCGCUUGCUGGUGAAGGAGAACGCCAUCCCGCGUGACUUCCGGUCUGCCGAGGAGCGCGACAACAACGGCAACACCGAUUAUAUCUUUGUGAACGACGAGGAUGACGCGCAGAACGACGACGAUGACCAGAAUGCGAUCGACCGUAACGAGGUCAUCAUGGACGACCCCCUCGCUGCUCUUGACAACCUCUAA